CUUUCAGGUUUUCAUUGUGUAUGGGGGAAUGGUAGUAUGCUCAUCAGAUUUUUGUCAACUGGACACAAGCUACAGUUAUUUGGCAAGAGGAACUCGAAAUUGAGAAAAUGCCUCCAUAAGGUUUGCCUGUAGUGGGGAUUGAACUCAUGCUUUGUCAGGAAACUGUUUACUAGUGAACUGGGAGCCUGCCUUAUUGAAAUCUCUCCAGAGGUUGAAUGAAGCUGGGCAGAGUUCAUCCAUGAAGCAUCACAGCCCCUCCCGAUGUUUGGGGAUAGCUGCUCCAGAGAGAAAUUGACCCGUUUGGAUUAGGUAACUAGUCACAAUGAAGAAAAUUAGUUUGAAAACCUUCCGGAAAUCUUUCAACCUGAGUAAAAGCAAAGACGAAACCGAGUUCAUGGUGGUUCAGCCCCAGUCCCUCGCUGGCGACUUCGUGAAAGAUGACUCCUUAUUCGGGAGCUGCUACGGCAAGGACAUGGCCAGCUGCGACAUUGGCAGUGAGGAGGAGAAAGGGAAGAACAGGUCCAAGAGCGAAAGCCUGAUGGGCACCUUGAAGAGGCGAUUGUCCGCCAAGCAGAAGGGCAAGGGCAAGGGUGGGACUGCACCCACAGACGAGGACACCUUCUCCUCAGCUUCAGCACCCGGGGGCCUCAAGGACGUGCGUGCCCCACGGACCAUCCGUUCUACAUCAUUGCGCAGCCACCACUACAGCCCCACACCCUGGCCGCUGAGGCCCACCAGCUCGGAGGAGACAUGCAUCAAGAUGGAGAAGCGGGUGAAGGCCCUGGUGCAUGCUGCCAGCCCAGGCCCUGUCAAUGGUGUGCGCAAGGAGCUGCGGGAGCUGCAGCCCAAGGAGCUGCGGGACCUGCAGCCCCGGGAGCUAAGGGACCUGCAGCCAGAGCCACGCCCAGAGUCCCGCUGCAGCCCUGGUUCGCCCGGGGACCUGCGCCUCCAUCUGGAGGAACACGUGCCUGUAGUUAUCGGACUCAUGUCUCUGGACUACCUUCAGUACACCGUGCCUUUAGAAGACGGGAUGUGCCCUCUGGAAGGGCCGCGCAACUGCUGCCUGGACACGUCCUCGCCCAUGGAGGUGUCGGCCGUGCUGCCAGGGGCCAGCGCCUUCUCCGAAGACGACAGUCAGGUGGACCAGGAUGUGGUUGUAGCCCCAAAGAUCCUUGUGGAUUCUUCGGUGAACAACUUGUUGAUUGGCACCACAGGAGUCAUGUUUCAGAACCCUAGAGCAGGUCAUGACGAUGCCCCUCCCCUCUCACCAUUGCUACCUCCAAUGCAGAAUAACCCAAUCCAAAGGAACUUCAGCAGCCUCUCAGGCCCAGACAUGCACAUGGCCGAAAGCGUGCGCUGUCAUUUGAAUUUCGAUCCCAACUCUGCACCUGGGGUUUCAAGAGUUUAUGACUCGGUGCAGAGCAGUGGGCCCAUGGUUGUGACAAGUCUUACCGAGGAGUUGAAGAAGCUUGCAAAACAGGGAUGGUAUUGGGGUCCUAUCACACGCUGGGAAGCAGAGGGGAAGCUGGCAAACGUGCCCGAUGGUUCUUUUCUUGUUCGGGAUAGUUCUGAUGACCGCUACCUUUUAAGCCUGAGCUUUCGUUCCCAUGGUAAAACACUUCACACUAGAAUUGAGCACUCAAACGGUAGGUUCAGCUUUUACGAACAGCCAGACGUAGAAAGGCAUACAUCUAUAGUUGACUUAAUUGAGCAUUCAAUCAGGGACUCUGAAAACGGAGCAUUUUGUUAUUCACGGUCACGGUUGCCUGGAUCUGCGACUUACCCGGUCAGACUGACUAACCCAGUGUCCCGGUUCAUGCAGGUGCGCUCUCUGCAGUACCUGUGCCGCUUCGUCAUACGUCAGUACACCAGAACAGACCUGAUUCAGAAACUGCCUCUGCCAAACAAGAUGAAGGAUUAUCUGCAGGAGAAGCACUACUGAGAGAUUAGGAGCCCUGCUUCUUGCACGUGGGGUUCAGAAACAAGACUGGAGUACAGUUUACAGACGUACAUCGCCAUUGAAGUCUUUGCUGCCAUAACUAUUUUAGUUUUUAUGUCUGAAAGGGUCAUCAAUUUGUUCAGGGGUGGGGAAGUGU